AUGGUCCAACAAUGUUUUAGAUCUAAACACUCUACUGGCGGCACAACAGUCAUCUUAAUUCUCUGGAUUGCAUUGAUGGUCAACAUUGCUUGCGGCGCCCAUGGUUGCCUAUGGGUAUUAAAAGACCAGCGCGCUCUCAAUUUACACCGCAAAACUUGUGUCGAAUACAAGAAGACAGCAGUCACAGCCUCUCAAAAACAAAAAGACCAUGUGCAAAAUGUGAUAGCUGCAAAGGCGUUGAAAGAGAAACUAUGCAGAUCUCCUUGCCCUGUCACUGGGGCAGAAACAUUUACAAGUAAUGAUGAAUCACCAGAACUAGCAUCACCUAGACGUCCAAAUAUUGAAGAGAUAACCUCUUUGAAUCCCGAUCCCCAGUCCCCAAUGGAUAUCAAUAUAAUUCCUACUAAUAGUAGUACUGUGGAUCCAACCAAUGUUGCAUGGUCAGAAAGUGGGAACAUUGAUGAACCGAUUAUGGACAUCGUUUGUGUGCUCCUUCUGGUGACAGGAACAUACACUUGGACUGCAUUGCUCGCUCUAAACCACGGAGAAACAUCAGACUACCUAAGCACCACUCAGGAUGUCGCAUGCGAUGACCUCCCUACAACACAAGACACACCACCAGUCAAUAGUGUUAUCUGGAGGGUGAUUCUUUUGGUCACCGAAUCUAUUCGUAGUGUUGUUGGAUCAUUUGGUCUAUCUCGUGAUUACCCACAAUGUCCGUCCUAUGAACCCAAUAUAUUCAUUCCCUCACAUCUACUAGCCAAAAAAUAUCCUACACUACAGCCUUCUGCAAUCGGUGUUCCUCCACCUCCACAUCCCUUUCUGAACAUGGCCAUGUAUCAACUACUCAACUGGAUGUCCAGCAGAAGUACUAGAAAGUUGGAGGCAGAAGUUUCAUGUCUAGUGCAUGAUGUGCUGCUCGCAGAGGAUUUCAGCGUCAACGACCUGCAAGGCUUUAGUAUGCGGAAGCAGCUGAACCUUCUUGAUAUGCCAGAACUAAAUCUAGUGAAUGGUGACACACCCUCUGCAGCCGUUAGAUUCCCGGAAGGCUGGACAGAGACAGAUGUAAUGAUUCAAGUUCCCAGUCGGACAGCUGAUAGACCUGGUGGCCACCCAUUCAAAGUCCCGGGGUUUCACUACUGGUCAUUGGUUGGUGCUAUUUAUGAGGCAUUUUCGGAUGCUCAAGCGAAAGCAUUUCAUCUAUGGCCAUUUCGUUGUCUCUGGACUGACCCAAACGAUGGUCAUACAUAUCGCGUAUAUGAUGAACUUUAUACAUCUGAUGCAUGGCUACAAGCUCACAAUGACUUACAGAAACAGCUGAAGGAACCUGAUUGUGUCCUUGAGCGAGUGAUUGCAGGCUUGAUGUGUUCCUCGGACACAACCCAACUAGCCAACUUCGGAAAUGCAUCGGCAUGGCCAUUAUAUUUAUUUUUUGGGAACCUGUCAAAGUAUGCUUGUGCUAAGCCAGACUCAGGAGCUUGUCACUUAAUUAGAUUCUUGCCCUCUCUUCCAGAUCGAAUCAAAGACACCAUCCGAGACCUGGGGGUCUUUACGAAAAGCGGUACAGCUGCUCUUUUCCAGGGAUGUUGGGAUAUUCUUUUGGAUGCCGAAUUUCUUCAUGCUGUGUGUGAGGAAUGA